CAAACCUUUCCACAGCCUUGGUAUUACGGUACAGUUGCAAAAAUGCACCAGGAAUUCCGAUCCGUUCCUUAAGCGCGCUGUAUAUAUUUUUCCCUCCGGUGAAGCCGGGGUCAAAUUUUGAAAAAUCAAAACCACCACACGUUGUGCAAGCGAGGGCUGCGGUAAAACUCGUAAUUCCACAUUUUUCGGCUCGUUUCGGUGAGAGUGGCUUACGUGACAUACGGUCUGUCUUUAAAUUUUUGUGUAUUUGUAAAAAUCUAUGUCUUAUCUUGAUCAUCGAUUGCUCGGUUGAUAGUUUCUCAAUAAAACCAUUCAGUUCGAAAGAGAGAGUAAUAAUCAGUGCGGUAGUGAGUGUCUACGAACGCGUCAAGGCGACUAAUGUUUCCUGACGUUCUGCGAGAAUUUUGAAACAAACAGUCACAAAUCGUACUCGGACAAGUUUGCAUCGAGAAAAUGCAGUCUUUUGAAGUGAUUCGAGAAAGAUUAGCGAAACAAAACCAAGACCACCUUUUGCGCUUCUGGAACGAUCUCAACGAUGAAGAAAAAGAAAAAUUCGUUCGCCAGCUGGACACGAUCCAGAUCGAAAAAGUCAACGAGUUGUAUGAGCGGGCGGAUUCGUCUUUUCGACAGCUGGAAAAAACAUACUUGGAUGACAAAAUGAAGCCGAUGCCGGCUUCUCGCUCGGAAUCCGAAGAAAACUGUCCCCCGGAGACAUUGGAAGCUUACCGAAACCAAGGUUUCGAAGAAAUCUCGCGGGGGCACGUCGCCGUCGUCUUGCUUGCCGGCGGGCAAGGGACUCGUUUGGGAGUCGACUACCCCAAGGGGAUGUACUCUGUGGGGCUUCCCUCCGGGAAGACGCUUUUCCAAAUCCAAGCCGAACGAAUCCGGAGGUUGCAGACCCUGGCGAAAGAGAAGACCGGAAGGUACGGGAAGAUCCCCUGGUACAUCAUGACGAGCGGACCUACCGAUAAACAAUCUGCGAAAUUUUUGGAAAAGAACAGCUACUUUGGUCUUUCCGAAAACGACGUGAUCCUGUUUAAGCAAGGUCUUCUUCCGUGCUUCGACUUCGACGGAAAAAUUCUCUUGGAUGGUAAAGGUUCGGUUGCCCUUGCGCCUGAUGGUAACGGCGGGAUUUACCGCUCGUUAGCUGCUAACGGCAUUCUGGAAGACAUGCAACGAAGAGGUGUCAAAUACGUCCACGUCCACAGCGUAGACAACAUUUUAGUCAAAGUAGCCGAUCCCGUCUUCAUAGGUUACUGCAGGUCCAAAGAUGCAGACUGCGGUGCUAAGGUUGUUCGCAAAAACGGCCCCAACGAAGCCGUCGGGGUCGUGUGUUUGGUCGAUAACCGCGUCCAAGUGGUCGAAUACAGUGAAAUAACCGAAAGAACGGCCAAUUUAAAAGACAACAAAGGAGACCUCGUCUUCAGUUCCGGCAACAUUUGCAACCACUUCUUCACGGUCGACUUUUUGAAAGACAUCGCGAAGCACUACGAAGAUAAGCUGAAACUGCACGUCGCCAAGAAGAAGAUCCCCCACGUCGACGAUGAUGGUGUGUUUGUGAAGCCGUCGAAGCCUUGUGGCAUCAAAAUCGAGAAGUUCGUUUUCGACGUUUUUGAAUUUUCGAAAAGGUUCCAUACAUGGGAGGUUCCCAGGCGAAGCGAAUUCAGUGCGAUGAAGAAUGCCGAUAGUGAGAAAAAAGACUGUCCUUCGACCGCGAAAAGUGAUUUGUUAACUCUCCACAAGGCUUACAUUGAAAAAGCGGGUGGAGUUGUGGAAUGUGAUAAAGUCGAAAUUUCACCGCUUCUGUCGUACGACGGUGAAAAUUUAGAAGAGCGUGUCAAAGGAAAAGUGUUUAGUUCAGAAAUCGUUUUGAAAUCUAAUGAAGAAAUGUGAAUAAAUUUGUUUUGGUUAAAAAUUAAUGUUCCUAAUCUAGUUUCGUCGAAAAAUUUGCUCUAAAAAUAACAAUGCUCUGUUUUGAUAAAUAGAAUUAUGUACUUGUAAGCGAUAUUAUUGUUUAAAAUAUUAAGAUAGAGUCAGAUAACGUUUUUAUCAAUCAGUCCAAUAUAUUAUCUGGUAUUUUUUUACUUAUCAGUAGUUUUCUAAAUGUUUUUAAAAAAACGUUUCACUUAUUUAUUUAUUGUAUAUUUUGUUUGGGUAAAGGUAAAGAUUGUAAAAAAUAUCAUUUUUUUUUAAUAAAGAAAUGUCACUGAA